GAAGGGAAGCGCGUCACGGGCUUCACGAGGAACAUGGGCUUUCUGCCUGUUGGCACGAUGAGUUCACGGUGCUUCGAAAAAAAAGCAAUGAUACGUUAUUCGGUGCCCAAUUUAACACUUCGCCGCGCUCGUCUUGUACCGAGAGAAUAUCGUGUCAAUUUUUUCGCGCCGAACCAAUUGUAGUGUUUCCUGGCGCGUGCGUGUCCGCGUGCGUGCAGCGCCUAUCAGGGGUUGAUUUGGGCAGCGAAACAUUCCCUGCCAAGCGCCUGUCAGUUAAACCAAAUAGACACUGCUCUACGACUGACACUCGUUCUGACGGUGUCCAUAUAGAUUUAGCGGUCGGUUUUCAUCCACCUCACACCGCACGCCUAACCGUAUGAUGAUAGCAAAUAACGAUACGAACAAGAGCUCACAUCCCGAGACAUGAGACCAGGUUAGAUCCGUUUAGUAAUGUCACGUGGUGAACCGUGUUUAUCUAGACCUGUGGCACAAACCCGUGUGAAAUCCUGACUCUCAGAGGUAUGCGUGGUCCAUUCCAACACUCCGUCAUCUGGGUUCACUAAUUAGUCCACACUCGACCAGGAGGUCACCAUGCAGCGUAUGAGGAACAGGCAGAGGAAGGGACGCGGCGACAGUACAUCAAUUCAGAAAUCGAAUGUCAAGGCACAUGCUGGCUUCCUGUGAAUCUCCGUGGAAUGGGGUAGGCCCACUACUAUAGUCGCUGAAGGAGAUUUAACUGUACAACGGGAUUUAACUAGUCCUCUUUGGCCCCCCGGGAUGCAUUUGUGCUUCUUAAUGUAUACUGCCAUCUAAUGGACAAACAUGUGAAGUAAACCUCAAGGUAGCAUAUUGGCCUGCAUUUGCUCCCCGGUCCAAAUACAAUUACUUAACACGUUUAUUAUAAAAGACAAAAUGACCAACAAUAAUUCAUUCUCUGACCUUAAGUAUUCAAAUUCAAAUUAUAUUCAAAUUAUUCUAAGUUGAUGGUCCGUUAGUUUAAGGUUUAGGCCUUUAGUUCUAAACAUCCCAUCCAUCCUAUCCUUUCCAUGCUACUUACUUAGGUGAUUCCCUAAUGAUGGGAUUUUAUGAUAAUUAUGCCAUCUUAGUCACCCUGUCCUUGUUUGCGUUGGGCAUUUUGGAAAACAUUUCGGGGAACGAGGAAAGGCUUUCAGUAAUCACCUUUUUCUCGGAUACUGCUGUCUAAGUGCUUGCAUCCUCAUUGGCUGUUAAGGUGUCACUUAGCAACCGAGUCAUUUCACUUGAACCUCGGUCGCCGCAGAGCAGAGAGAUUGAUCAAAGGGAUAUUUCUCUUGUGUUUCUUCUCUCGUCAGGCUUUUUUUUUUUUUUUUUUUAAAGCACAGUAAAGCGUCAACUAUUGUCAUUACAGUAAAAAGUAUAUCGUAAAACAUUGUAAAAACUGAGGUGUAGCAACUUGCUUUAUAUAUUUGUAAUUUUUUUCUAUGUCAUAGUGGUGGUAUGAGGCUAUCUAUGCUAUGGGGUUGUGCCCAUGUGCAGUUUAAACGGUCCCACCAGAAGAGGGGAGUAUUAACAUGUAGUAGCAUCUAAACUCUGCUAACCCCUUUGUUAUCUGGAUUAGUUAAACAUAUUAACAGCCAACGUUUUAAUUAUCAGCCUAUACAAAUAAGAACAAGUUGUAGCCUGGAUGUGUUAUGAGUUAUAAGGGUAACUAUUUUCCCAUUCACACAGAAUUUCAGGUUUCAUUUUGCGUGAACCUCAUGCGUCAAAUGGAAUCUGCCAUUGAUCAAACUGACUUGUCUUUGCUUUGGACUGUUGUUAAAGUAAACAACGGUGCUUAAACACUACUUAAAAGAGUACAGAAUACCUUUUGACACUUAUAGUGACUUAUUAGAGUUCAUAGUGACGCACAGUUUAGCUGUGACAACAAGAAACACGUUGAUAAAAUGCCUGGGGCCCGGGUUCAAUAAAUAUUCCCUGUAACAUUUAUGAACAAUGCACUGACUUCAUUGAAUAAACAGCAGCCAACGUCAGGAGAAGGUGAGUUAAACAACCAGCCUUUUAACAACAACAUAACGGCAUAUUACUCAAAACUCCAGUUGAGGCCAAUGUAGGUUAUGUUUACCACGUAUAGGUCAGGGCCUGAUCACAUCCACCGAAUCUGUCCCACACACUUCAUAUCAUAUAAUUUAACCUUGUUUAUACUCAACUAAAGCAAGGUCUCUCCUUCGCGCUCACACUAUCUCCAACAUGAGCGCAAACUCAAACAAACAAAUUAAAAUGCUUCUCCUUUUGUUGAACCCAGUUGUGUGUAAGAGUGGGCUUAUCUUUUUGUGCCUUACAUCUGGCCGGAGACAUUGUUGCCUCACACGGUUGCGGUAUUUCCAUGGGAACCACGGUUCUGUCUGAGGAGUGGGGGGGUGUGUGUUAGGCCUGGUGGCUGCCUCCCCCGCGGGUGGGCUUUACUUAAACCCGACCGCCUCUCUCUUAAUGCCAGAGGUACGGCUCAGCAUCACAGGAGAACACCUCACGGUGGCAUUUGGAGACCGGUAGAGAACCAUCGCUUUUCCACUACAAAUUCUACAGAUUCAUGGAUUUAUCAGCAUAUCAAUUCUUAUAAGGGGAUCCCAUGUGGGUGGCUGAAAAGAUUUGUGAGUCGGUGGGGAAGAGCAUGAUCCUGUUUGGGGAGAAGUCCGCCAAAGGAGCCCAAAGGAUCACGCUGUGCCCCAACGUCAUCACCCCGGACACCAUACCGGACUUCUUCAUCCCGCCUCAGAUCCAGCCCAUCCAGAAGGCCAAGCCCUCGGAUCAGGCCCGAGCCGCCCCAAGCAUCAGGGUGUCCCCCUGCGAGGGGGGGAGCCCCAAGCCCUGGGAGGCCCCCGGCGCCCCCCCCCGCCCGCACAUCAUCCAGGUGGAGAGCGUGGAGGAGGGACCGGACGACGAGGACGCGGGCAGCGACGGAGAGGAGACCACCAACGCCGACCCCCGCAGCCAGGCGGCCCUGUCGCUGCCGCACGUGGCCCGGGCGCAGACCUGCUACGGCUUCUGCACGCUGCUGGAGAGCCCCCACACCCGGAGGAAAGAGUCCCUGUUCCACGUGGAGCCCGGCUCCCUGCCCCUGCUGCUGCCCCGGAGCCGGUCCAACACCUACACCCAGAGGACGUCCCCCCGGCCCAGCCCCUCCACCUCCCCGUCCUCCUACAGCCUGAACGCCCUCGCCGUCAGGCUGUCCCCGCGGAGCUACACCCUGAGCCGGCAGAGCACGCUGGACAGCGACACCACCUCCUCCAACGAGUCCUCUCCCUUUGGCUCGCCGCUGCUGGGCAGGUGCCCCGGGGCGGCCGGCAAGCCUUCCAUCUUCAAGACACUGAGCCAGGAGCGCCUGCUCACCCAGAACCAGAGGAGGGGUCUGCCCUCACGCAACAACUCCCUGUCCACGGACGAAGGCAGCUCCACCGACAACAGCCCCAACGUCAUGAGGAGGCUGUCCGAGGAGACGACGGAGGGCCUGUCCAGCGGCUACAGGCUGGCGCCCCCCGCCUUCUUCCCCUCGGACCUCACCCUUAGCCGGGAGAGGGCGAUGCGGGAGAGCACGGUGCCGCUCGGGAACAACGGCAGCCUUCGAAUCUCGGCCGAGUACUCGGCCGACAACCAGAGACUGCGGCUGAGGCUGAUCAGCGCAGAGGGGCUGUAUGCGGCCAGCUCGGACACCAAGGGCAUUAACUGCAGCGUGAGCCUCUCGCUGAUUCCCGGGAAGCUCCAGAAGCAGCGCAGCACCGUGAUCCGGAAGAGCCGUAACCCCAUUUUCAACGAGGACUUCUUCUUCGACGGCCUCACCGCAGAAGACCUCUGUCUGCGCUCGCUGCGGUUCAAAGUGGUGAACAAGAAGUCGUCCAUGAAGAGGGACUAUAUUUUGGGGGAUUGUGAUCUGCCUCUCUCUAGCUUUGUAACUUUUUAAACUUUUUUAUUUUUACUAUUUAUUACCUAAGUUUUAUAUCAUCAGUUUUAUAUGAAUUAAAUUAUAUGAAACAUUGUCGUUUCUUGUACUUUACGCUUUUUUUAAUUAAACAAUCCCUAACCUGUCAGUUAAAUACAUCUCCCUGGCAUUGUGGUGAAUGCUCUUUAAGAAAUGAGGGGCCAAAGCAGAUGUCAUUAGUCAGGCCAAAAAUAACCCUGAGGUCUAAACACGUCUUUAGGUUCCCUGGGUUUCCUCUGUAUCUCUUAGCAUCAACAAGGCCGCCAAUUUGUCAGGAUUUGAUUAUUCACCUUCUGCUGUUUCUCUUAAGCCUGUUGCUUCCCUCGUGACCUUUCUUUUAAUGAAAUGUUUCUGGCAACCAGAGACUUUCAAUGCGAGCUUCGACCCAAUGGCAUACAUUUAAUCAGCAAAAACAAAUGAUUCCAGCUUUAUCAGGCUGUAACAAACCUGGUGGUUCAAUGUGAAUAUUUUCUUUUUUUAACUCUAUUUUAUUUAUUUUCUAUGUUAUCUCUUUUGAAAUUUGUAAUGUUUAAAUAAGUGGAUCUCCCAAAGAACUGCAACCAUAACAGUUGUGGUUUGGUAAAAAGACAUGAAAAUACAAAGUGAUAGAUGUGUGUUUUAUAAACUGCACUAUAGCAGCUCCAGCCCAACGUGGUCUGCAUGAACAAACUGAUAAAGAGGUCAUUUCCCAGGCACGCCCUGAGGAACACUGACUAUACAUCUUAUGAAUGGUAUUAUAUCUAGAAUAUAGACUUUAGGGUGCAUGAUAUAGGUCAGUGUUUACACAGAGAUUGACCUUGGGCAAUCACAUCCUGCUUUUCUCACUGGUCGAGAAAAGGGACUUAAAAGCAUCCGUUUCCACUACUGCUCCUGGUUAAAGAUUAAUAGAUUUCCAUGGGCUUACAAAAUCUCUGAGAUAAAAGGGCUGAUGACUUUCACUUACAAUGACAUCCAUAACAUUGGCUGACAGCGUAGCGUAAUGCAAAUUGUAUUUUUUUGGGUUUUCUUUUUUUCAAAGGCAGAACGAUGCUUACUGUGGUGAUGAUGCAAGGCCUAAAGGUUCAUCAGGUAUAGCCUAUCAGCCAUAACUGAUGUCAUGUGCUUCAGAGAAUAAACAUAGAAACUAUUAUGAGAAUAAUUGCAGACAGUUGGUUGAUCUGACACACAAAUAAAUACAAACAAAGUACAAAUAAUUACAAUCAUCUAUCAUCAAUAGUCAUCUCUGUAUAUCUUUUGUAUUUAUUCAUUAUUUAAUGGGAGUCCCCUCCAAUUCCCAGGCAGAGAUUUUGUUGAUAACACCUACUUUUCUUUUGUAAUUACAACCAGGCUAGCUCUUUGUCCUUUAUGUUAGGAGUGCUUCUGAAGCCUCUGGAUUAAUUUGUAUUUGAGUGUUGACUCAGCUGUGUCGUGCCUUGCAAUAAAAGAGGAACAGCCAGGGAUUCUCCUCUCUGGUCAACCCCUGAUAACAUUCUAAGCUUUCUAAUUUAUUUUCUGUGAAAAAAGCCACAGAAAAUGGCUCUCUGCAGAGCACAAUGGCUGGAGUGCGUCACUCGAUUUGAGGGGGUGUUCAUUUCUCAAUAAACAUCAGGCCACUUGUGACAGUGGUAGGACUCCAUUUUGAUCAUGUAGCAGCAUUUAGCCUUCACUGUGCAUAUUAUGUUU